AUGAUGAUCGGUCGGUGCGGAGUUGAACGAAGGGCCAUCCUGAAAGGUAACAUUCACUUGCUCUUUGACUUUUUACCUCACAACCGACUGCAUUACCAAAAGAUACAUGACGUAUCGUGUGUCUUCAAGCUGCUGAAGUCAGGCAUCGCCGCCAACGAGUGGUUGUUCACACCCGAAGCCUCAUUUCAGUGACAAACUUCCGGCACGGAUACCAUAUAACUGACCUCAGGCUCAAGCUCCCACUUCAACACCAUCUUGGUGUAUGUGAACUGCUCCGCUAAGGACCAGAAUGCAUUUGUAUCUCAGCCAAAAUCCCCGGACACUAUACCUAGCGACAAGCUCACACGAUGAACGCCAUGGUCAUCCACGGCGAGCACUAGUCUUUCGUGCCGCAGAAGGCAAAUCAUCACAAGCCGUAGUUGAAUUCCUUCGGAAAGAUCAGGUCGAUCUUUCCGGUACACUAAAGGUCACAAACCGCAUGAUUAAGGGAUGUUUAGGUCUCAUUUCAGUUGAUGAAGAGAUGUUCUUAGCUGUUAUUGUCUCUGCGACAGAUAUCGGCAAUACACGACCAUCUAGUCCACAACCUGAAUCUGUCGCAAAAAUCCAUGAAGUUGCAUUCUACAGUCUGACCUCGAGCACAUGGGAUGACUUCUCUAGUGCAUAUGAUGCACUCCCCAGUGCUAGCUUUCCCGAUCAAACCGAUGCGAUUUUAAGAGAUGCAUAUUCGCAGCCAAAUUCUUCAGCCACGUCCUUGGUCGAACAUCCGUGUAGUCCACUUUCCAAGAUUGUCUCCGCUGGGACGUUCUACUACGCACUAGCACCGUACUGGGAUCUUUCUUCCCGGCUCUCUCGUCGUCUCGAGCGGGACGAGCAAACGGCGAAAGAUUUAGGUACAUAUGACGAACGAUUCGUAUGGAAUGAGUAUAUCGUACGAAGCUUGCUUGACUUCCGGGAUCGUCUGGAUGCACAUGAGCGAGAAGAACUCGACCGCUGUCAGUUCAUUGUACUUGCUAUACAAGGCUACGUUGGCGUAUUCACACUGGCGUUGCCGGCACCGCCGACUCAUGGGUCACCUACCGUCGCUACUAUUUCGUUGAUAUCACGGUUGGGUUGGAAGCGCGCAGGUACUCGAUUCAAUACACGCGGCGUUGAUGAUGAUGGUAAUUGUGCAAACUUCGUUGAAACGGAAACGAUAUUCAGCACCGAUCAGAACUGCUUCAGCUGUGUUCAAGUGAGAGGGAGUGUUCCUUUGUUCUGGGAGCAACAGGGACUACAAACGUUUGGCCAGCGGAUACAAAUCACUCGUCCACAGGCUUCACAACCUGCUUUCGAGCGACAUUUUGCUCAGCUCACCGAAGAAUAUGGAUACGUGCACGCUAUCAACCUGCUUGGGUCCAAAGAGAACGAGACUAUCUUAACGAUGGCAUACGACCGGUCGCUCAGGAACGCACCGGACCUUUUUGAGCACAACGUCAGCAUCACUCACUUCGACUUCCAUAACGCUGUAAAGUUAUAUGGGCAUGAAGGCGUCAUCCAAGCUUUGAGGAGACAAGAGAACAUCACGGACAACGUGGACAAGUUUGGCUUCACUAUGGCAGACGCUACUUCGAAUGAAAUCAUCACUCUGCAGAAAGGCGUCUUCAGGACAAAUUGUCUGGACUGCUUGGACCGCACAAAUUUCGUUCAGGAUAUCUUGUCGCGUACAACCUUGGAGCAGUUCCUAAUGCUCAUUCGAAAGGAGUGGCUUCAUCAGGGCACGCUUUGGUCAUACCAUCGGGAACUAUGGGCUGAGAACGGUGAUGCAUUGUCCCGCAUAUAUGCAGGAACUGGGGCUCUUAAUACCAGCUUUACUCGAAGCGGAAAGCGGACAUUAGCAGGGGUGUUGUCUGACGCGACGAAGAGCGUUUCUCGUGCAUACAUCAAUAACUUCCAGGACAGGGGGAAGCAAAUCGCCAUCGAUAUGUUUUUGGGCAAUCUGAGCACGCAAAGACAGGUCACGAUCUUCGAUCCUCUUCAUGAUUUGGUGAAUGAAGCGUUGAACAAGCGUCUACACGAGUAUUCGACAACAAAGCAUUGUACCAUCUUCGUUGGAACCUGGAAUCUGAACGGUCGCCCACCAAGUUCGGAAUUCCUACUACCUUGGCUCUUCCCUCGUUCCAGUACGUAUCAUAAUAUUAACUUUCAGGUAAAUCCUUACGCUGGUCGCAUGACAGGUGUUCAAGAUCCAGAUAUCAUCGCUCUAGGAUUCCAGGAGAUUGUUCCUCUCAGUGCACAACAAAUUGUGCAAACAGAUGCAGAGAAAAAGCGUAUGUGGGAGACCAAAAUUCUCAAUACCUUGGCGCAACGCCCCAACAAGUCGGCGGAGUAUAUUUUGCUCCGAAGCCAUCAACUUGUCGGCACCGCUCUUUUGGUCUUUGUGCGCAAAGAGCUGACUGCUGUCAUACGGAAUGUCGAAGCUGCUUCUCACAAGACAGGUUUGCGAGGCAUGGCAGGCAAUAAAGGCGCAGUCGGUAUCCGGUUAGACUAUCAUGACACAAACUUCUGUUUUGUCACGGCACACCUUGCCGCGGGGCAUUCGAACAUAGAAGAGAGGAACAUAGACUAUCGUACCAUCGCCAGUGGUUUGCAUUUUCUUAGAGGCAAGACAAUAGACAGCCAUCAGAAUAUCAUUUGGCUUGCGGAUACCAAUUAUCGUAUCGAACUGGAGAAUGAACGAGUUCGGGCUCUGGCACAAUCCGAUGAUUAUGAUGCAUUGUUGGCUGCAGAUCAACUUCGACAAGCAAUGGAUGACGGUGAUGCGUUCACGGGGUACUCUGAAGGACCAUUGCUCUUCCGUCCAACAUAUAAAUAUGACCUUGGUACUGAUCGUUACGACACUGGAGAGAAGUUUCGCAUUCCUGCUUGGACUGAUCGUAUAUUGUACAAGGGCGCUGAUUUAGAUCUUUCCGUUUACUCCCGAGCGGAAUUGAAGAGUUCAGACCACAAGCCAGUGUUUGCACUUUUCAGAGCAACAGUCCGUGUUAUUGAUCAUGCAACACGAUUUGCACUUUCUCGUAUGUUGUUCGACAAUGUCACGUCUACCGGACCCGGAGAGAAGUUGGAUGAAAAGCUCGCGUCUCUCACGUUCUCCAGUGGAUCGAAGGACUUGCCACCUCCAAGCUCGGACGAUGCUGCAUGGUGGGAUAUUCCUGAUCACCCAAAUGGAGUUAUUCCCCCAGAGAAGCUGCCGUAUAUCUCAAGCAAGAGCCCACCAUAUAACCCAUUCGAUUCACCAACCGAUUCACCAAUUUCCUCUUCUCCCUCUUCGUCAGAGGAAGAGCUCUACCAAGCAUUAACGUUGCAGGCUCCUAUUGCGCCUCAACCACUACAGGCGGUAAGACGACCUCCUCCUCCUCCACCGCCGCCUCGCACCAGGAAACCUUCAACAAAAGAUUCUCCUCCAGGAUAAGGACCAUACAUUAUAUAUCGGAUGUAGAGGCCAAGAAAAGUAAGGAUAAGAAUACAGCAGUAGACCAAGGAUACAGUACAACUAGAUGAGACCCUGUUUCUUCAGGUCUUCGUAUGUCUUCCGGUUGUAAACGUUACCCUCUUCGUCCUCCAGCUCCUCCAUGGUCUCUUGUUCGAAGAUCUCAUUACGACCUUCACGCUUCAGCUUCUCAGCGACUAGAUGCGGACAUUAGCAUAUACCACUGUGAUAAACAGAGAAUAGAAACGUACGAGCAAGGGCGUCUUCAAUCCUAGUGAUCUCAUGGAAAUGCUUCGUGUUCGGAAGGCCAAGUGCACGCAUACCGAAUGCAUGCCGUGAUUCUUGGAAAUGUCGGUCGAAGUUUUUCCUACCAUAAACUGCAUUUAGAUUGCGGCAUGCUCAGUAAAAUUGAAGGACUUACCUGCCC